ACCAGGAACACCUUCACAUCCUGGCAGGAGUCUGGGAGAGCAAACAAGGAGCAGCCAUGGAGAGGAGUUACGUGUCCGUGCUCUUGCUGCUCAUCGUCAUCUCCUGUGCUCUGGCAAAGGAUGUGGGCAAGAAGGAUUCAAAGGACACCACCACUAAGCCAAAACUGCCUCAGACACUCUCCAGAGGCUGGGGAGACCAGCUCAUCUGGACGCAGACCUAUGAGGAGGCGCUUUUCCGCUCCAAGCACAGCCAGAAACCCCUGAUGAUCAUCCACCACUUGGAAGACUGCCCACACAGCCAAGCCCUCAAGAAGGUCUUUGCUGAACACAAAGAUAUACAGAAACUGGCUGAAAAAUUCAUUCUCCUGAACCUUGUGUAUGAAACUACAGACAAGAACCUUGCACCUGAUGGCCAGUACGUCCCUCGGGUUUUGUUCAUUGAUCCCUCCCUGACUGUGAGAGCAGAUAUUACUGGAAGAUACUCAAACCGUCUGUAUGCAUAUGAGCCCUCUGACAUUUCGCUGUUGUAUUCAAAUAUGCAGAAAGCGCUGAAGCUCCUGAAGACUGAACUGUAAGAGGAAGAAGAAAGACCUUAAAUAUCAUGAAGUCUUAUCUUCCAUGUCUUCGCCACACCUUGAUACUGGUGAAGAGACUAUUUAGAGUGAUAUUUAGUGAUGUGUAGUGAUGGUUUCUAUACAUAAACACUACAGUUUUACAUUAGCACUUUUGUACCGGGAAGCGUUUUUAAAAGCUGGAGGCUUUUAUUUUAAGGCGUACAGAAGAAUACUGUAUGAUCCAACUGUAAAAAUGAUUUUUUAAAAAAUAAAUUCAUUUCAAGUGUUUACAUACAAAA